AGUUUCAGGCAACAACAUUGUCGUGGCGGAUGGUAUGGUACAACCCUCAGAUGGUGCAUUGCCCCAACAUUUUACAUCGAUGAAGCCUGGUCACUAUAAAGUCCAAGUUGAUUUUGUUUACGACGGACAUGUUGAUGAUAUUCUUCCGGUACCUACGGGAGAUGGUUUCACUAACUUAGGCGGUGCUCUGGGUAGUUUUGUGCAAUGGCCCAUACACUUAGUGAUUUUCGAAGACGGCGAGGAUUGUACUUCACCUCCUAAAAAGAAGUCCAAGUCUAAUGUUUCUAAAGAGAGGGAUGGUAGCUCCAAGAAAAAGACAACGGUGUUAGCGGCCCAAAAGAAGACAACAGACUUACCAUCCAAGGUAAACCCUCUAAAACUCAUUCGAACCUAAAAUGACAUUUCCG